AUUAUUUUUUGAGACAUUGUGAGUUUUCCUUCAGUGUCACAAUGACUCGUCCAGCACUCAGAUUGAUUCUGUUGGGCUUCUUUCUCAUCUCUGCCUCUUCAGCUCCUGUUAAAAAGAUAUUUACUGGAAAAGAAACCCGAAAAACACAAGAUGUGAAUAUUUACAGUUUCUACAUUAACUCUACUGUGACCAGUCGCUACGCCACCACAAUUAUCACAAGCCGUGUGGCAAACAGACUUAAUGAAUCUCAGGAGAUUUUCUUUGAAGUGAAGAUCCCCAAGAAUGCCUUCAUCAGCAAAUUCAGAAUGACCAUAGAUGGAAAGAGCUAUGAUGGAGUUGUGAAAGAGAAAGCAGACGCUCAGCAGCAGUACAGUCAAGCAGUUUCACAAGGACAAAGUGCUGGACUCAUCAAGUCUGUUGGAAGGACUUUAGAAGAAUUUAAAACAUCAGUGAAUGUGGCCGCUCUCAGUAAAGUCACCUUUGAGUUGACUUAUGAGGAACUGCUAAAGCGUCGCCUUGGCAAAUAUGAGCUGCUCAUCAAUGCUCAACCAAUGCAGACGGUGGCAGAUUUCAAGAUUGAUGUACACAUCCAUGAGAAACCAGGAAUUUCCUUCUUGGAGGUGACAGGAGGUCUGAGCACCAAUGAUCUGGCCAAUGCCAUCAAAACUACCAGAGCUGACAACGAUGCAUGGGUGACCUUUUACCCCACUCGAGAGCAGCAGACCAAAUGCAAAGACUGUGAUAAAAAUGGGCUGAAAGGAGACCUGCUCAUUACAUAUGAUGUUGAGAGACAAAAUCCUAAUGGUGAAAUGAAAGUAUCAAAUGGGUAUUUCGUCCACAACUUUGCACCCUCAGAUCUUCCACGUAUUGCCAAAAAUGUGGUUUUUAUCAUUGACCGAAGUGGCUCCAUGCAUGGCAAAAAAAUUGAGCAGACACGUUUGGCACUGCUAAAGAUUUUGAGUGAUCUUUCUGAGGACGAUCACUUUGGAUUGAUCACGUUUGACAGUCGAGUUGAUUUGUGGAAGCGUGAACUCCUUAAAGCUACCAAGACAAACCUGGAUGACGCAAAAUCAUUUGUGAGAAGGAUUACAGAUAGAGGAGCCACGGACAUAAAUGCUGCGGUGUUAGAAGGAGUAAAUAUGUUCAAACGGCAGCCACAAGCUGGAUCUGCUUCAAUCCUUAUUCUACUGACCGAUGGAGAUCCAACAUCAGGUGAAACCAACACAGAAAGGAUUAUGUCUAAUGUGAGAAAGGCCAUUGAGUCAAAGUUUCCCCUCUAUUGUCUUGGUUUCGGAUAUGAUGUGAAUUUUGAUUUCCUAACAAAAAUGUCACUGGAAAAUAAUGGAGUUGCUCGCAGAAUAUAUGAGGAUUCUGAUGCUGAUCUACAGCUGCAGGGCUUUUAUGAUGAAGUUGCCGUCCCGCUCCUAACUGAUAUUCAACUUAACUACAUAGGAGUCUCAAAUCUUACCCAGACCAAUUUUGCCCUGUACUUCAACGGCUCUGAAAUUGUGGUAUCCGGUCAAAUUACAGACAACAACGUGGAGAGCAUCAGCACUGAAGUCAUCGCAAUAUCAAAAGGCAGUAAGGUGACGUACCAAAACACUGUAACAACAAAAGAUGUAAUUGAUGUCCCAUCUGAACAUGAAGAUUUUGUGGAAAGACUGUGGGCCUACCUUACAGUGAAACAACUUCUGGACAAACAUGUUCUUCUUGAAGGUCCAGACAAAGAGGCUGUAAAGAACGAAGCUCUCAAACUUUCACUCAAAUAUCAGUUUGUUACAUCUCUCACAUCUAUGGUUGUUACCAAGCCACAGGAAGGUGACGUGGAGGUUGCAGACAAACCCAAAGAGGGAAAGGAAUCACACAGACCUCCAGUUUCUAGUUAUCCAACAUUACCUCCUGGAACAGGCUAUGGUCUUAGACAGUACGAUCAUCAAGACUAUGACGAUUAUGCAGCGUUUUACGAGCCAACAUUAUCUCCUCGAAGAUAUGGUCGUAGACAGUACGGUAUGCCAUAUUUGAUUAUUUUUUACAUCUUUUAUUCUUAUUUUAUUUAUUUGGCAUGUGUGUUGCAAACUCUGUCCGAAAAAGCUACAAAACUGUACAUUUUCUGUCGCUGCUAAGGUUCCACCUUUACAGGUAUAUAAAACAUAACACAAUGUUGUACCUUUUGGGGUACCUUAAGGAUAUUGUAUCUUUAAAGGUACAGUUAAAUGUUUUUGCUAAAAUUGAACUGCAACAAAAUUUCUCCUUAAGGUACACAAUAGGUCCUUUGCAUAUAAUAUUGUACCACAAAAUGUAUAGCGACAGAAAAGGUGCAGUUUUGUACCUUUUUAUACCUUUUCUCAAAUUAAUGUCAUCAUGUUUAAACUAAAAGGAAGUCAUCUUAAUCUUAAUUGUUUCAUUUUGGGAUUCAUUAUUACAGUUCCCUUUCGAGGGAACUUCGACCCUGCGUCAGAGCUGACGCUAUGGGGAACGCCUACAGCGUGACGCCGUCUGAGUAUGUAUAUCAAAUUUGACCGAUGGUUGGGCGUGACAUCAUAGACGGAAGCCAGAGAGCAUAAAUACGGCAGAAAGGAACGCCCUCUUUAUCUUUAUUGCCUCAGCGGCUAUCUAUGUGUGUGUGUAUCAAGAGCAGGGGCCCCCAACACAGCUGAGACUUUUUUCAUAUUAAUUUACAUAAAAUCAUGCGCUUUUAUGGGUUUUUUGACUACCAAUGGGGUGAGAAAGUUUUACUUGAAUUAACUGUUUAAGAAAAAAGAAAUCUUAUUUCACAAAUUUUUUUUCUCACCCCAUUGGCAGAUCAUUUUGCUUGUUUUAAGGACUAUUUCAUUUAAAUUGUAAAUUAAUUUGUCUUAAAACUAGACUCAUUUACUUAGGUCAUUUUGCUCAAGUAAAAGCAUCUUAAUUUAAGAAUAUUUAGAUAUUUCUACUGAAAACAACACAAAAAACUAAGUAAGAAAGUCAUUUUUUGCAUUGUUGAACGUUUAACUAAAACUGUGUAUUGUUAUUUUUUCCAGCGUUUUCUUGGGGAGAUAAUUGAGUUCCCUUAUCAUGCACUUUUAACACUAGAACGGUCACCAGCAGUCAUUUUAACUGCAACAUUUAAACUUAUGCAUUGCAAAAAAUUAAUCUCAAGAAAAAAAUUCUUAGUAUUUUUUUCUUGUUUUCAGUAAAAAUAUCUAAAAAUUCUUAAAUUAAUAUAUAAAAUAUAUAAAAUUUCUUAAAUAAAUAUGCUUUUUCUUGAUGAGCAAAACGAACCAAGAAAAUAAGUCUAGUUUUUAGACCAAAAAUAUUACAUUUAAGGAAUUUUGUGCGCAACGCACAGCUAUCCUCCCUCCGUCAUAUAAUGAUUUAAUCAAGCUUAGUAUACGAGCUGCAUGUGUUGAAGUUUAAUCCGAAUGGCCGGAAGAGCGUCUGCACAAUAAGCUGCCAGAGCCCUUCCUACAUGCUACACUCAGCUACACACCACUCGGGCUGUGUGUCGUCGUUUUGACGAGUCUCUCACUGCUGAAGUCCUCUUCACCUACCGGUUCAAAUGUCCGCUAAGGCGGUGUGCACUUAUCCUUGCUGCCGGGAGGGACUCGAGAGCCCGCAUGCUGGUUUCUCCCGUCCCCAAUCGGUAGCCCGUGCUUCACUGUUUGACUGUGUCAGACAAUGUUCGCGUGACUCGCGGUUCGAGGC